UGUAACUAGGCUUCCGGAAGUUCUGCGGCAGUUGGAGCCCCUCGAGGGAAGGGAGCCAUUUUAUUUCCUGGUUUGGGAAAGAGUUGCUCAUCAGUUUGUGGGAGAAGCUGUUUGGCUUAAGUUGAUACCACAGUGUCAGAAAAGGCCAAGAUGACGAUGGCCCCAGAUGUCAGACUAGAGUAUCUGGAGGAAGUUGCCUCCAUCGUCCUAAAGUUCAAGCCAGACAAGUGGAGCAAGCUGAUCGGCGCCGAGGAGAACAUGGCCCUGUUCACUGAGUUCUUUGAAAAGCCUGACGUGCUGGUGCUGGUGCUGACGCUCAACGUGGCUGGCAUGGUCAUCCCCUGCCUGGGCUUCCCCGAGUCCCUCAAGUCCAAAGGGGUUUACUUUAUCAAGAAAAAGCCUGAGAACAUCACCAAGGACAACUACAAGGCCCAGCUCCUUUAUGGCGACAUCAGCCCCACACCUGUGGACCAGCUGAUCGUGGUGGUGGAGGAGGUCCUCUAUUCUCUGUUAAACCAAAGCGAGAACAUGGACGGAUGGCCCCAGGUGGUCUCGGAGGACAUCGUGAAGCAGGUCCACAGGCUGAAGAAUGAAAUGUAUGUAAUGAGCGGCAAGAUCAAAGGGAAGACGCUGCUGCCCAUCCCGGAGCACCUGGGCAUCCUGGACGGCACGCUGGAGUCCGUGGAGAGGAUCCCCUCUUCGCUGGACAACUCGCUCCUGCACGCCAUCGAAACCAUCAUCAUUGACUGGUCCCACCAGAUCCGGGACGUGCUGAGCAAAGACUCGGCCCAGGCGCUGCUGGACGGGCUGCACCCCCUGCCCCGGGUGGAGUUUGAGUUCUGGGACACUCAGCUGAUGAACCUCAAAUGCAUCCAUGAGCAGCUAAACAGACCCAAAGUGAACAAGAUUGUUGAGAUCCUAGAGAAAGCCAAGAGCUGCUACUGGCCAGCCCUGCAAAACGUGUACACCAGUGUCACUGAAGGGCUGAAGGAAGCCAGUGACAUUGUGCUCUAUUUGAAGCCCCUACGGAUCCUGCUGGAGGAGAUGGAACAAGCCGAUUUCACGGUGCUCCCCACCUUCAUCGCCAAGGUGCUGGACACCAUCUGCCUCAUCUGGGCCACCUCGGAGUACUACAACACGCCCGUCAGGAUCAUCGUCAUCCUGCAGGAGUUCUGCAACCAAAUCAUUGAGAUGACGCGAACCUUCCUGAGCCCGGAGGAGGUGCUGAAAGGCCUGCAAGGCGAAAUCGUGGAGGUCCUGAGCGGCAUCUCCCUGUCCGUGAACGUGCUGAAGGAGUUCUACCAGAUGUACGACUUCUGCUGCAUGAACAUGAAGCUUUUCUUUAAGGACAAAAAGCCCGAGCCUUGGGAAUUCCCUUCUUCUCUUGCAUUUUCCAGGAUGAAUUCCUUCUUCCACCGUGUCCAGACCAUUGAGGAACUCUAUAAAACAGCAAUUGAGUUUCUGAAGCUGGAGAAAAUCGAGCUUGGGGGCGUGCGUGGGAACCUCCUCGGGAACCUGGUGACCCAGAUCUACGACGAGGUCUUUGAGCUGGUGAAGGUUUUUGCCAACUGCAAAUACGAUCCCUUGGACCCUGGAGACUCGAGUUUUGACCAUGAUUAUGCCAAUUUUGAGAUCAAAAUCCAAGACCUGGAUAGGAGGCUGGCCACGAUCUUUUGCCAAGCGUUUGAUGACUGCUGCUCUAUCGAGUCCUCUGCAAAGCUCCUGUACAUGUGUGGGGGCCUCCUGGAGCGGCCCCUGAUUCUCACUGAGAUGGUGCUCAGGUAUUCAGUCAUGCUGGAGCUGUUUGACGCUGAGCUGGACAACGCCAAGAUCUUGUAUGAUGCCCAGAUGGCGGCCUCCGAGGAGGGGAACAUCCCCCUCAUCCAUAAAAACAUGCCUCCUGUGGCCGGCCAGCUCAAGUGGAGCCUGGAGCUGCAGGAGAGGCUGGAGGUGUCCAUGAAACACCUGAAGUACAUCGAGCACCCGGUCAUGUCCGGUGUGGAGGCCAAGCUGAUAUAUGAGAAGUAUGAUGAGAUGAUGGAGCUGCUGAGGCGCCACCGUGAGAAGGUCUACCAGCAGUGGGUGGUGGGCGUGGACCAGGACUGCCACUUCAACCUGGGGCAGCCGCUGAUUCUGCGGGACGCUGCCAGCAACCUCAUCCAUGUCAACUUCAGCAAAGCGUUGGUAGCAGUUCUGAGAGAAGUCAAGUAUUUGAAUUUCCAGCAACAAAAAGAGAUUCCAGAUAGUGCGGAGAGUCUGUUCUCAGAGAACGAAACCUUCCGGAAGUUUGUGGGCAACUUGGAACUCGUCGUUGGCUGGUAUAAUGAGAUAAAGACUACAGGGAAGGCAGUAGAGUAUCUACUAAUCAAGUCAGAAUUGGAAGCAAUCGAUGUCAAAUUAUCGCGCGCUGAAACGACAUUAUUCUGGAAUGGCGAAGGUGUGUUUCAAUACAUUCAGGAGAUGCGAGAAAUUCUGCACAACCUGCAGAGCAGGAUGCAAAAAGCGAAACAAAAUAUAGAAGGAAUUUCCCAGGCUAUGCAGGACUGUUCGGCCAAUCCGCUGUUUGAAAGAAAGGACAAUAAGAAAGAGGCCCUGUUAGACUUGGAUGGAAGAAUCGCCAACCUCAACAAGCGCUACACAGCAGUGAGGGACGCCGGCGUGAAGAUCCAAGCCAUGGUUGCGGAAAACGCGGAACUGUUCAGGGCGGACACCUCGAGCCUGCCCUGGAAGGAUUAUGUCAAUUACAUUGACGACAUGGUCCUGGCUGAAUUUGAGCAGUUCAUUCGCACGUCGCUGAAUUUCCUGAUGGACAACAUGGUUAUAGACGACAGCAUUGCUCCCCUGUUUGAGAUCCGCAUGGAGCUGGACGAGGAUGGGCUGGCCUUCAAUCCGUCACUGGAGGUGGGCUCGGAGCGCGGCCUCCUGGCGCUGAUCGAAGGCCUGGUCAACGACAUCUACAAUGUAGCCAGGUUCAUCCCCCGGCUGGCCAAGGGCAAGAUGAGCUACAAGACAGACCUGGAAGAUAUCACAGAUCUCAUAGAGAUGAGGGAGGAUGUGUCCAGCCUGGUCGUCAACGCCAUGAAACAGGCCGAGGAGUACCAGGAUUCCUUUGAGAGGUACUCUUACCUCUGGACAGAUGACCUCCAGGAGUUUAUGAAGAACUUCCUGAUCUACGGGUGUGUGCCCACUGCAGAGGACUUGGACACCCGGACAGAUGAUACCAUCCCCAAGACACCACCCACCCUGGCUCAGUUCCAGGAGCAGAUUGACUCCUACGAGAAGCUGUAUGAGGAGGUGUCCAAGUGUGAGAACACCAAGGUGUUCCACGGCUGGCUGCAGUGUGACUGCCGCCCCUUCAAGCAGGCCCUGCUCAGCAUCAUCCGGCGCUGGAGCUUCAUGUUCAAGCAGCACCUCAGCGACCAUGUCACCAACAGCCUGGCUGACCUGGAAGCUUUCAUGAAAGGCGCCAGAAUGGGCCUGACCAAGCCCCUCAAGGAGGGGGACUAUGAUGGCCUGGUGGAAGUGAUGGGGCACCUGAUGAAGGUCAAGGAGAGGCAGGCGGCCACAGACAACAUGUUCGAGCCCCUGAAGCAAACCAUCGAGCUGCUCAAGACCUACGGGGAGGAGAUGCCGGAGGAGCUCCACCUGAAGCUGCAGGAGCUGCCGGAGCACUGGACAAACACCAAGAAGCUGGCCAUCCAGGUGAAGCAGCACGUGGCCCCACUCCAGGCCAACGAGGUCAGCAUCCUGCGGCGGAAAUGCCAGCAGUUCGAGCUCAAGCAGCAUGAGUUCAGGGAGAAGUUCCGACACCAGGCCCCAUUCUCCUUCAGCAACCCCAACCCCUACAAGUCCCUGAAUAAGCAACAAAAGAGCAUCUCAGCCAUGGAAGGCAUCAUGGAGGCGCUGUCCAAGUCCGGGAGCCUGUUUGAGGUCACCAUCCCAGACUACAAGCAACUCAAGGCCUGCCACCGGGAGGUCCGCCUGCUGAAGGAGCUCUGGGACAUGAUCGUCAUGGUAAACACCAGCAUCGAGGACUGGAAGACCACCAAGUGGAAGGAUAUCAACGUGGAGCAGAUGGACAUAGAUUGUAAGAAGUUUGCCAAAGAUGUGAGGUCUUUGGACAAGGAGAUGAAAACUUGGGAUGCCUUCGUGGGGCUUGACAACACCGUGAAAAACAUGAUCACAUCCCUACGCGCCGUGAGUGAGCUGCAGAACCCUGCCAUUCGGGAACGCCACUGGCAGCAGCUCAUGCAGGCCACCCAGGUGAAAUUUAAAAUGUCAGAAGAGACGACCCUGGCAGAUUUACUGCAGCUGAACCUCCACAAUUACGAGGAUGAGGUCCGCAACAUCGUGGACAAGGCCGUGAAAGAGUCCGGCAUGGAAAAGGUGCUGAAAGCCCUGGACAGUACCUGGAGCACCAUGGAAUUCGAGCACGAGCCGCACCCGCGGACAGGCACCAUGAUGCUCAAGUCCAAUGAGGUGCUGGUGGAGACACUGGAGGACAACCAGGUGCAGCUGCAGAACCUGAUGAUGUCCAAAUACCUGGCCCACUUCCUGAGGGAGGUGACGAGCUGGCAGCAGAAGCUGUCCACAGCGGACUCCGUCAUCUCCAUCUGGUUUGAGGUCCAGCGAACCUGGAGCCACCUGGAGAGCAUCUUCAUCGGCUCUGAAGACAUCCGUGCCCAGCUCCCGGAGGACUCCAAGCGCUUUGAUGACAUCGACCAGGAAUUCAAGGCCUUGAUGGAAGAUGCGGUGAAAACACCCAACGUGGUGGAAGCCACCAACAAACCCGGCCUCUACGAUAAACUGGAGGCCCUGAAGAAGAGCUUGGCCAUCUGUGAAAAGGCUUUGGCAGAGUAUUUAGAGACGAAAAGACUGGCCUUCCCCAGGUUUUAUUUUGUCUCCUCGGCUGACCUCCUGGACAUUCUCUCCAACGGCAAUGACCCCGUGGAGGUGAGCCGUCACCUGUCCAAACUCUUCGAUAGCCUUUGUAAACUCAAGUUCCAGCUCGAUGCCAACCACGAGCCUCUCAAGGUGGGCCUGGGAAUGUACAGCAAGGAGGAUGAGUACGUGGAUUUUGAUCAGGAAUGUGACCUCUCGGGGCAGGUGGAAGUGUGGCUGAAUCGAGUACUGGACCGAAUGUGCUCUACCCUCCGGCACGAAAUCCCGGAAGCUGUGGUGACCUAUGAGGAGAAGCCGAGGGAGCAGUGGAUCCUGGACUACCCGGCCCAGGUGGCCCUGACUUGCACCCAGAUCUGGUGGACGACCGAGGUGGGCCUGGCGUUUGCCAGGCUGGAGGAAGGCUAUGAAAACGCUAUCAAAGAUUACAACAAAAAGCAGAUUAGCCAGCUGAAUGUACUCAUCACACUGCUCAUCGGGAACCUCAACGCUGGGGACAGGAUGAAGAUCAUGACCAUCUGCACCAUCGACGUGCACGCACGGGACGUGGUGGCCAAAAUGAUCAUGGCCAAGGUGGAGAGUUCUCAGGCCUUCACCUGGCAGUCCCAGCUCCGGCACCGCUGGGACGAAGAGAAGCGACACUGCUUUGCCAACAUCUGUGAUGCCCAAAUCCAGUACUCCUACGAGUAUCUGGGCAACACGCCGCGGCUGGUCAUCACCCCGCUCACUGACCGAUGCUACAUCACCCUGACCCAGUCCUUGCAUCUGAUCAUGGGUGGAGCCCCCGCUGGUCCCGCUGGGACGGGCAAGACUGAGACGACCAAGGACCUGGGCAGAGCGCUGGGCACCAUGGUCUACGUCUUCAACUGCUCUGAGCAGAUGGACUACAAGUCCUGCGGAAAUAUCUACAAGGGGCUGGCCCAGACAGGAGCCUGGGGCUGCUUUGAUGAGUUUAAUCGCAUCUCAGUGGAAGUCUUGUCUGUGAUUGCUGUGCAGGUAAAGUGUGUCCAGGAUGCAAUUCGAGCCAAGAAAAAAACAUUCGAUUUCCUGGGAGAGACCAUCGGCCUCAUUCCCACCGUCGGCAUCUUCAUUACCAUGAACCCUGGGUACGCCGGCCGUGCAGAGCUGCCUGAGAACCUAAAAGCCUUAUUCAGGCCCUGUGCCAUGGUCGUCCCUGACUUUGAGCUGAUCUGCGAGAUCAUGCUGGUGGCUGAGGGCUUUCUGGAAGCCCACCUCCUGGCCAGGAAGUUCAUCACCCUCUACACCUUGUGCAAGGAGCUGCUCUCGAAGCAGGAUCAUUACGACUGGGGCCUGCGGGCCAUCAAGUCUGUGCUGGUGGUGGCAGGCUCCCUGAAGAGGAGUGACCCCAGUCGGGCUGAGGACCAGGUGCUCAUGCGGGCACUGAGAGACUUCAACAUCCCCAAGAUCGUGACCGACGACCUGCCCGUGUUCAUGGGGCUGAUCGGGGACCUCUUCCCAGCUCUGGACGUGCCUCGGAAGCGAGACCUGAAUUUUGAAAAGAUCAUCAGGCAGAGCAUCGUGGAGCUCAAGCUGCAGGCGGAGGACAGCUUCGUGCUGAAGGUGGUGCAGCUGGAGGAGCUGCUGCAGGUCCGGCACUCGGUGUUCGUCAUCGGGAAUGCAGGCAGCGGCAAAUCCCAGGUCCUCAGAUCCCUCAACAAGACCUAUCAGAACUUGAAGCAGAAGCCCGUGGCCGUGGACCUGGACCCCAAGGCUGUCACCUGCGAUGAGCUCUUUGGGGUCAUCAACCCAGCGACCAGGGAAUGGAAAGAUGGCCUCUUCUCCACCAUCAUGCGGGACCUGGCUAACAUCACCCAUGACGGCCCCAAGUGGAUUGUCCUUGAUGGGGACAUAGACCCCAUGUGGAUCGAGUCUCUCAACACCGUCAUGGAUGACAACAAGGUCCUCACCCUGGCCAGCAAUGAGCGGAUCCCACUGAACCGUACCAUGAGGCUGGUGUUUGAAAUCAGCCACCUGAGGACGGCCACCCCAGCCACUGUCUCCAGAGCAGGCAUCCUCUACAUCAACCCGGCCGACCUGGGAUGGAACCCGGUGGUGAGCAGCUGGAUUGAGAGGCGCAAAGUGCAGUCGGAGAAGGCCAACCUGAUAAUCCUUUUCGACAAGUACCUGCCCACCUGCCUGGACAAGCUGCGCUUUGGGUUCAAGAAGAUCACGCCGGUGCCGGAGAUCACGGUGAUCCAGAUGAUCCUGUACCUGCUGGAGUGCCUGCUCACGGAGAAGAGUGUGCCUCCCGACUCCCCCAAGGAGCUGUACGAGCUGUACUUCGUGUUCGCCUGCUUCUGGGCCUUCGGUGGCGCCAUGUUCCAGGACCAGCUUGUAGAUCAUCGAGUGGAAUUCAGCAAAUGGUGGAUCAACGAGUUUAAGACCAUCAAGUUCCCCUCACAAGGAACCAUUUUCGACUACUACAUCGAUCCCGACACUAAAAAGUUCCUGCCCUGGACAGAUAAAGUGCCCUCCUUUGAGCUGGAUCCCGAUGUCCCUCUGCAGGCCUCUUUGGUCCACACUACGGAAACCAUCCGCAUCCGCUACUUCAUGGACCUGCUCAUGGAGAAGUCCUGGCCGGUGAUGCUGGUGGGAAACGCCGGGACGGGCAAGUCGGUGCUGAUGGGGGACAAGCUGGACAGCCUGAACACGGACUACUACCUGGUGCAGGCGGUGCCCUUCAACUUCUACACGACCUCUGCCAUGCUGCAGGGGGUACUGGAGAAGCCGCUGGAGAAGAAGUCGGGGAGGAACUACGGGCCGCCAGGCACCAAGAAGCUGAUCUACUUCAUUGACGACAUGAACAUGCCUGAGGUGGACAAGUACGGGACGGUGGCCCCGCACACCCUCAUCCGGCAGCACAUUGACCACCGGCACUGGUAUGACAGACAUAAGCUGACGCUGAAAGAUGUCCAUAACUGUCAGUACGUGGCCUGCAUGAACCCCACUGCCGGCUCCUUCACCAUCGACCCCAGGCUUCAGCGCCACUUCUGUGUGUUUGCUGUGAGCUUCCCUGGCCAGGAGGCCCUCACCACCAUCUAUAGCACCAUCCUAACGCAGCACCUGGCCUUCCGCUCUGUCUCCAUGGCUACUCAGAGAAUAAGCAGCCAGCUGGUGGCUGCAGCCCUCGCUUUGCAUCAGAAAAUUGCAGCAACAUUUCUUCCCACGGCCAUUAAGUUUCAUUAUGUCUUCAACCUCAGGGACCUCUCCAAUAUUUUCCAGGGACUCUUAUUUUCCAUGGCAGAAGUUCUGAAAACCCCACUGGACCUUGUCCGCCUUUGGCUACAUGAGGCUGAACGAGUGUAUGGUGACAAAAUGGUUGACGAAAAAGACCAGGAAAUACUGCGCAGAGUCACCAUGGCCUCCACCAAGAAGUUCUUUGAUGAUCUUGGUGAAGAGCUCUUAUUUGCCAAGCCAAAUAUCUUCUGCCACUUUGCUCAAGGGAUUGGCGAUCCCAAAUACGUCCCUGUAACUGAUGUGGCUCAUCUGAACAAGCUGCUGGUGGACGUCCUGGACAGCUACAAUGAAGUUAAUGCGAUCAUGAAUUUGGUGCUGUUUGAGGAUGCCAUGGCUCACGUCUGCAGGAUUAAUCGCAUCCUGGAGUCUCCCCGGGGGAACGCCCUGCUGGUAGGCGUGGGCGGCAGUGGCAAACAGAGCCUCUCCCGCCUGGCGGCAUACAUCAGCGGCCUCGAUGUGUUCCAGAUCACCCUCAAGAAGGGCUAUGGGAUCUCCGACCUCAAGGUCGACCUCGCUGCUCAGUACAUAAAGGCUGCCGUGAAGAACGUCCCCUCGGUGUUCCUGAUGACAGACUCCCAGGUGGCUGAGGAGCAGUUUCUGGUGCUGAUCAAUGACCUGUUGGCCUCAGGAGAGAUCCCCGGGCUGUUCACGGAGGAUGAGGUGGAGAACAUCAUCUCCUCCAUGCGACCCCAAGUCAAGUCCCUCGGCAUCACCGACACCCGGGAAGAGUGUUGGAAAUUCUUCAUCGAGAAAGUGCGCAGACAGCUCAAGGUGAUCCUGUGUUUCUCCCCUGUGGGCUCCGUGCUGCGGGUACGAGCCAGAAAAUUCCCAGCUGUGGUCAACUGCACGGCCAUCGACUGGUUCCACGAGUGGCCAGAAGAUGCCCUGGUGUCCGUCAGCGCACGCUUCCUGGAGGAGACCGAGGGAAUUCCACGGGAAGUCAAGGCCUCCCUCAGCUUUUUCAUGUCCUAUGUGCACACCACCGUCAAUGACAUGUCCAAGGUGUACCUGGCUACUGAGAGACGCUACAACUACACCACGCCCAAAACCUUUCUGGAGCAGAUCAAGCUGUACCAGAACCUGCUGGCCAAGAAGAGAACAGAGCUGGCUGCCAAAGUCGAGAGGCUGGAGAACGGCCUGAUGAAGCUGCAGAGCACGGCUUCCCAGGUGGAUGACUUGAAAGCCAAGCUGGCGAUUCAAGAGGCUGAGCUCAAGCAGAAGAAUGAGAGUGCAGAUAAAUUGAUCCAGGUGGUCGGCAUCGAGACCGAGAAGGUCAGCAAAGAGAAGGCUAUUGCUGACGAGGAAGAAGUGAAAGUCGAGGUCAUUAAUAAGCCCCCAGCCCGCAGCGGCAGCCUUACUAGGAGAUUGCGAGAAAUGCAGGUUCUCAGGCACCAGCUCAGCUCUGCUGAAUGGGGCCUGCAUGUUAACAAGAUGGCCUCAAGCUGUGACCAUGGAGGGGUUGAGAAGACCUCACUGGAGCCUGGUCCUCGGAUGUGCCGCUCUGGACCCCCACAGAGGAAUGUCACUGAGAAGCAAAAGGCUUGUGAAACGGACCUGGCCAAAGCGGAACCGGCCCUGCUGGCCGCGCAGGAGGCUCUGGACACUCUGAAUAAGAACAACCUGACAGAGCUGAAGUCCUUCGGGUCCCCCCCGGACGCUGUGGUCAACGUCACCGCUGCUGUCAUGAUCCUGACGGCACCCGGGGGCAAGAUCCCCAAGGACAAGAGCUGGAAGGCAGCCAAGAUCAUGAUGGGCAAGGUGGACACCUUCCUAGACUCCCUGAAGAAGUUUGACAAGGAGCACAUCCCCGAGGCCUGCUUGAAGGCCUUCCAGCCCUAUCAAGGCAACCCGACGUUUGACCCUGAGUUCAUCCGCUCCAAGUCCACGGCCGCUGCCGGCCUGUGCUCCUGGUGUAUCAACAUCGUUCGCUUCUAUGAGGUCUACUGUGACGUGGCACCCAAGAGGCAGGCCCUGGAGGAGGCCAAUGCAGAGCUGGCAGAGGCUCAGGAAAAGCUGUCCCGGAUCAAAAACAAGAUUGCUGAACUUAAUGCCAACCUGAGCAACCUGACCUCAGCGUUUGAAAAAGCAACAGCUGAGAAAAUCAAGUGUCAGCAAGAGGCCGAUGCCACGAACAGGGUGAUCUCACUGGCAAACAGGCUGGUGGGAGGAUUAGCAUCAGAAAACGUCCGCUGGGCUGAGUCUGUGGAGAGCUUCAAAAGACAGGGGAUCACGCUGUGUGGGGACGUCCUGCUCAUCUCAGCCUUCGUGUCCUACGUGGGCUACUUCACCAAGAAAUACCGAAACGAGCUGAUGGAGAAAUUUUGGAUCCCUUACAUACAUAACUUAAAGGUCCCCAUCCCGAUCACCAAUGGCCUGGAUCCCUUGAGCCUGCUGACAGAUGAUGCGGAUGUGGCCACUUGGAACAACCAGGGCCUCCCCAGUGACCGCAUGUCCACUGAGAACGCCACCAUCCUGUGCAACACCGAGCGCUGGCCGCUGAUCGUGGACGCCCAGCUCCAAGGAAUCAAGUGGAUCAAAAACAAGUAUGGGAGUGAACUGAGAGCCAUCCGCCUGGGACAGAAGAGCUACCUGGACGUCAUCGAGCAGGCCAUCUCAGAAGGGGACACCUUGCUCAUUGAGAACAUCGGUGAAACCGUGGACCCUGUGCUGGACCCGCUGCUCGGCAGGAACACGAUUAAAAAGGGAAAGUACAUUAAGAUCGGCGACAAGGAGGUAGAGUACCACCCCAAGUUCCGCCUGAUCCUGCACACCAAGUACUUCAACCCGCACUACAAGCCGGAAAUGCAGGCCCAGUGCACCCUCAUCAAUUUCCUGGUCACCAGGGACGGACUGGAGGACCAACUCUUGGCUGCUGUGGUGGCCACAGAGCGCCCAGAUCUAGAACAGCUGAAGGCGAACCUCACCAAGUCUCAAAACGAAUUUAAGAUCAUUCUGAAAGAGCUGGAAGAUUCGCUCCUGGCCCGUCUGUCGGCUGCGUCGGGGAACUUCCUGGGAGACACGGCCCUGGUGGAGAAUCUGGAGACCACCAAGCACACGGCCAUUGAGAUCGAGGAGAAGGUGGUGGAGGCAAAAAUUACAGAAGUUAAAAUCAACGAAGCAAGAGAGAACUACCGCCCAGCCGCGGAGAGGGCAUCUCUGCUCUACUUCAUCCUGAACGACCUCAACAAAAUCAACCCCAUCUACCAGUUCUCCCUCAAGGCCUUCAACAUCGUGUUUGAGAAAGCCAUCCAGAGGACCACCCCUGCCAGCGACGUGAAGCAGCGGGUGACCAACCUGACAGAUGAGAUCACCUACUCCGUCUACAUGUACACAGCCCGGGGGCUCUUCGAGAGGGACAAACUCAUUUUCCUGGCACAAGUUGCAUUUCAGGUCUUGUCCAUGAAGAAGGAGCUGAACCCGGUGGAGCUGGAUUUCCUUCUGCGGUUCCCUUUUAAGUCUGGGGUGGUCUCACCGGUGGACUUCCUGCAGCACCAAGGCUGGGGUGGGAUCAAGGCCCUCUCGGAGAUGGAUGAGUUCAAAAACCUGGACAGUGACAUCGAAGGAUCUGCCAACCGCUGGAAGAAGCUGGUGGAGUCGGAAGCCCCCGAGAAGGAGAUCUUCCCCAAGGAGUGGAAGAACAAGACGGCGCUGCAGAAGCUGUGCAUGGUGCGCUGCAUGAGGCCGGACCGCAUGACCUACGCCGUCAAGAACUUCGUGGAGGAAAAGAUGGGCAGCAAGUUUGUGGAAGGCCGGAGUGUCGAGUUUUCUAAGUCCUACGAGGAGAGCAGUCCCUCCAUGCCAAUUUUCUUCAUCCUCUCCCCAGGGGUUGACCCCUUGAAAGACGUGGAAGCCCUGGGAAAAAAACUAGGAUUUACCAUAGACAAUGGAAAACUCCAUAAUGUGUCCCUGGGGCAGGGACAAGAGGUGGUGGCCGAGAAUGCCCUGGACGUGGCUGCAGAGAAGGGACACUGGGUCAUUCUGCAGAACAUCCACCUGGUGGCCCGGUGGCUGGGCACACUGGACAAGAAGCUGGAGCGCUACAGCAAUGGCAGCCACAAGGACUACCGAGUGUUCAUCAGCGCAGAGCCUGCGCCCAGCCCCGAGACCCACAUCAUCCCCCAGGGCAUCCUGGAGAACUCCAUCAAGAUCACCAAUGAGCCCCCCACAGGCAUGCAUGCCAACUUGCACAAGGCCCUGGACCUGUUCACCCAGGACACCCUGGAGAUGUGCACCAAGGAGAUGGAGUUCAAGUGCAUCCUCUUCGCCCUGUGCUACUUCCACGCCGUGGUGGCAGAGAGGCGCAAGUUCGGUGCCCAGGGCUGGAACCGGUCGUACCCCUUCAACAACGGGGACCUCACCAUCUCCAUCAAUGUGCUCUACAACUACCUGGAGGCCAACCCCAAGGUGCCCUGGGAUGAUCUCCGAUACCUUUUUGGUGAAAUCAUGUAUGGUGGCCACAUCACAGACGACUGGGACCGCCGGCUGUGCAGGACCUACCUGGCCGAGUACAUCCGAACAGAGAUGCUGGAGGGAGAAGUCCUGCUGGCCCCUGGCUUUCAAAUCCCCCCCAACCUGGACUACAAGGGUUACCAUGAAUACAUCGAUGAGAACCUGCCCCCUGAGAGUCCCUAUCUGUAUGGCUUGCACCCCAACGCAGAGAUUGGCUUUCUGACGGUCACCUCGGACAAGCUGUUCCGUACCGUCCUGGAAAUGCAGCCCAAAGAGACCGACUCGGGGACUGGCACAGGGGUGUCCCGCGAGGAGAAGGUGAAGGCUGUGCUGGAGGACAUCCUGGAGAAGAUUCCAGAGACUUUCAACAUGGCUGAGAUCAUGGCAAAGGCAGCUGAAAAGACCCCCUAUGUGGUAGUCGCCUUUCAAGAAUGUGAAAGAAUGAACAUCCUGACCAACGAAAUGCGCCGCUCACUGAAGGAGCUGAACCUAGGGCUGAAGGGAGAACUGACCAUCACGACCGACAUGGAAGACCUGUCCACGGCUCUCUUCUAUGACACCGUGCCUGAGACGUGGGUGGCCCGGGCCUACCCCUCUAUGAUGGGCCUGGCAGCCUGGUACGCAGAUCUGCUGCUCCGCAUCAGGGAACUCGAGGCUUGGACAACAGACUUUGCCCUGCCCACCACUGUGUGGCUGGCUGGCUUCUUCAACCCCCAGUCCUUCCUCACGGCCAUCAUGCAGUCCAUGGCCAGGAAGAAUGAGUGGCCCCUGGACAAGAUGUGUCUGUCUGUGGAAGUGACCAAGAAAAACCGGGAAGACAUGACCGCUCCCCCUCGAGAGGGCUCCUAUGUGUACGGACUCUUCAUGGAAGGGGCUCGCUGGGACACCCAGACCGGAGUCAUCGCUGAAGCGCGGCUGAAGGAGCUGACGCCGGUCAUGCCUGUCAUCUUCAUCAAGGCCAUUCCUGUGGACCGCAUGGAGACCAAGAACAUCUAUGAGUGUCCCGUGUACAAAACACGCAUCCGCGGCCCCACCUAUGUCUGGACCUUUAACCUGAAGACCAAAGAGAAGGCGGCGAAGUGGAUCCUGGCAGCUGUGGCGCUGCUCCUACAGGUUUAGCUCGCUCCUGGGUCCUGCCUACAACUAUUCUUUACAGGAACUGGUGGUGGUUUUUUGUUCUCUUAAAUAAUCAGGGUGCUUUGUAACCAAGCGCGUCUACACUAAACAGAGGGUGAAAAGGUGGGGCAGAUUAAAGUGGAGCCACUCA